CUUACUGAGACACUCGUUGAUUUUCGGUUUGAAUAUGCACCUAUGGUCAACCAUGCUUCUAUAUGCGGUUUUAUCAUACUUGUGGUUGCCAGUUACAAGUCUUGGUUCCAUGUCAUCUAUAGCCAUCUCAUAUGGAGAAAAAGGUUCUGUCUUUUGUGGUUUGAAAUCUGAUGGGUCUCAUACUGUGACUUGCUAUGGAUCCAACUCUGCCAUAAUCUAUGGAACACCAACCCAUUUCUCAUUUAUUGGUCUAACUGCUGGAGAUGGCUUUGUUUGUGGGCUUCUAAUGGGUUCUAAUCAACCAUAUUGCUGGGGUAGCAGUGCCUAUAUUGAAAUGGGUGUUCCUCAACCAAUGAUCAAAGGAGCUGAGUAUCUAGAAAUUAGUGCUGGUGAUUACCAUGUUUGUGGCUUGAGGAAACCUUUGACUGGAAGACACAGGAACAUUUCUUUGGUUGAUUGCUGGGGCUACAACAUGACCAAGAACUAUGUCAUUGGUGGACAGAUUCAAUCAAUAACCGCAGGUUCUGAGUUCAAUUGUGGGUUGUUUUCUCAGAAUAGAACUGUGUUUUGUUGGGGUGAUGAGACUAGUAGUCUAGUGAUUAGUUUGAUUCCACUGGACAGAAGAUUCCAGAAAAUUUCAGCUGGUGGGUAUCACGUGUGUGGAAUCUCAGAAGGGGUGAAUUCAAAAACUGUUUGUUGGGGGAGAAGCUUGGAUAUUGAGGAAGAAAUUUCAGUGACACAUGCAGGUCAAGGCAAUGUUGAUUUGGCUCCAAAUGACCCCAUGCUUUCUGUAGUGGGAGGUAAGUUUCAUGCUUGUGGCAUUAAGAGCUAUGAUCAUGGAGUGAUUUGUUGGGGCUUUAUCAUCAAACCAAGCACUCCACCUCCUAGUGAGAUUAAAGUCUUUGAGGUUGCAGCUGGUGAUUAUUUCACUUGUGCAGUUCUUGCUGAGAAAUCUCUUAUGCCUGCUUGUUGGGGUGUUGACUUUCCUACCUCUCUUCCUUUAGCUGUUUCACCAGGAAUGUGCCAAACUUCUCCAUGUCCUCCUGGUUUCUAUGCAAUGGAUGAGCAUAAGGGUCUUUGCAAGUCCCCAGAUUCUCGUGUUUGCAUGCGCUGCAGUGGUACAUGUCCUGCUGAAAUGUUUCAGAAAAGUGGGUGCAAUUUGGCAUCUGAUAGACUGUGUGAUUAUAACUGUUCUGCUUGUUCUUCUUCUGAGUGCUUCCUGAACUGCUCCUCUUCAUAUUCCAAUGCUGCCACAGAGAAGAAAAAUGAAAAGUUUUGGGCCUUGCAGUUGCCAGUAGUUAUUGCUGAGAUUGCUUUUGCAGUUUUCAUAGUUAGUAUUGUGUCAAUAACUGCAGUUUUGUAUGUUCGGUACAGGCUAAGAGAUUGUGACUGUUCAAAAAGGACAAAGGUGAAGAGACUUGGUGGCAGUUCUUCCCUCCAAAAUGAGAACAGCAAGGUCAGGCCAGACUUGGAGGAUUUCAAGAUUAGGAGGGCUCAAAUGUUCACCUAUGAGGAACUUGAAAGUGCAACUGGUGGAUUCAAAGAAGAAUCCAUAGUGGGAAAGGGAAGCUUUUCAUGUGUGUUCAAGGGUGUUUUGAAAGAUGGGACAGUUGUUGCAGUUAAAAGGGCAAUAGUGUCACCCAACAUGCAGAAAAAUUCCAAAGAGUUUCACACAGAACUUGACUUACUCUCAAGAUUGAACCAUGCCCAUUUACUCAACCUUCUAGGCUAUUGUGAAGAAGGAGGAGAAAGACUUCUUGUGUAUGAGUUCAUGGCUCAUGGGUCUUUGCAUCAACACCUACAUGGCACAAACCAAGUGUUGAGAGAGCAGUUAGAUUGGAUAAGGAGGGUAACAAUUGCAGUGCAAGCAGCACGUGGAAUUGAAUAUUUGCAUGGCUACGCUUGCCCACCUGUGAUCCAUAGAGACAUAAAGUCGUCAAACAUCCUCAUUGAUGAAGAACACAAUGCAAGAGUGGCUGAUUUUGGUUUGUCAUUGUUGGGUCCUGCAGAUAGUAGUUCCCCACUAGCUGAACUCCCAGCUGGAACUCUUGGAUAUCUUGAUCCUGAGUACUAUAGGCUUCAUUACCUCACCACAAAAUCUGAUGUCUACAGCUUUGGUGUUCUACUUUUGGAAAUUCUAAGUGGUAGAAAAGCCAUUGACAUGCAAUAUGAAGAAGGAAACAUAGUUGAAUGGGCAGUGCCACUGAUCAAGUCAGGAGAUAUAACGGCAAUAUUGGACCCGGUUCUAAAACCUCCACCUGAUCUUGAAGCCUUGAAAAGAAUAGCCAAUGUGGCAUGCAAAUGUGUGAGAAUGAGAGGGAAAGAGAGACCCUCAAUGGAUAAAGUAACAACAGCUUUGGAAAGAGCUCUUGCAAUGUUAAUGGGUAGUCCAUGCAUUGAGCAACCGAUUUUGCCCACUGAGGUUGUUUUGGGAAGUAACAGGUUGCACAAGAAAUCAUCUCAAAGGUCUUCAAACAGGUCAGCUUCUGAAACUGAUGUGGCAGAAACUGAGGACCAAAGGUUUGAGUUUCGAGCACCCUCUUGGAUAACUUUCCCUAGUGUUACAUCUUCUCAAAGAAGAAAGUCUUCAGUCUCAGAAGCAGAUGUUGAUGGGAAGAAUGUAGAAGUGAAAAACAUGAGCAAUGUUGGAGGUGGAGGUGGAGGUGAUGUUCUAAGAAGCCUUGAGGAAGAGAUUGGUCCUGCUUCUCCUAGAGAGAGGUUGUUCUUGCAGCACAAUUUCUAACCAUGUCAUUGUUGGAGGGAAAACUCAGGUUUCAGUUCUCACAUUAUUGUGGCUAUUGGUUUAGACACUUGAGAAUGUAAUGUGGUUAAAAUUUGUUGUGAGGUGAUUUUCCUCGAUUGAUUGUUACCACUAAUGUACUACUAUUUCAUGUAACUUUUGUUGAGUUGCAAGUCUGACUAUGAUGAUUAUUUUGUUUUCUAUAUUUGAGAGAGUUU